AUGUCAGGAAUUGACACUAUAAUAUCCAACACAGAGGCAGGUGUACAUGAAAUGUCAGCUCAGGCACUUAGCGGGAAACAAGACAUAGGAUCGGCCACAAUGGAAGGCAGUGACACUAUUAUAUCCCACACAGAGGCAGGUGUGCAUGAACUGUCCGCUAAGACACUUAGCGGGAAACAAGACAUAGAAUCGGCUACAAUGUACGGCAGUAACACUCAAAUAUCCAACACAGAGGCAGGUGUGCAUGAACUGUUAGCUCAGACACUUGGCGUGAAACAAGACAUAGAAUCGGCCACAAUGGCAGGAAUCGACAAUAUAAUAUCCAACACAGAGGCAGGUGUACAUGAAAUGUCAGCUCAGGCAAUUAGCGGGAAACAAGACAUAGAAUCGGCCACAAUGGAAGGAAGUGACACUAUAAUAUCCAACACAGAGGCAGGUGUGCAUGAACUGUCGGCUCACACACUUAGCGGGAAACAAGACAUAGAAAUGGCCAUAAUGGAAGGAAGUGACACUAUAAUAUCCAACACAGAGGCAGGUGUUCAUGAACUGUCCGCUCAGGCACUAAGCGGGAAACAACACAUAGAAUCGGCCACAAUGUUAGGAUGUAACACUAUAAUAUCCAACACAGAGGCAGGUAUGCAUGAACUGUCAGCUCAGACACUUGGCGGGAAACAAGACAUAGAAUCGGCCACAAUGGAAGGAAUUGACACUAUAAUAUCCAACACAGAGGCAGGUGUUUAUGAACUGUCCGCUCAGGCACUUAGCGGGAAACAAGACAUAGAAUCGGCCACAAUGGAAGGAAUGGACACUAUAAUAUCCAACACAGAGGCAGGUGUUCAUGAACUGUCCGCUCAGGCACUUAGCGGGAAAAAACACAUAGAAUCGGCCACAAUGUUAGGAUCUUACACUAUAAUAUCCAACACAGAGGCAGGUGUGCAUGAACUGUCAGCUCAGACACUUAGCGGGAAACAAGACAUAGAAUCGGCCACAAUGGAAGGAAGUGACACUAUAAUAUCUAACACAGAGGCAGGUGUGCAUGAACUGUCCGCUCAGGCACUUAUCGGGAAACAAGAAAUAGAAUCGGCCACAAUGGAAGGAAGUGACACUAUUAUAUCCCACACAGAGGCAGGUGUGCAUGAACUGAACACACGGAAAGAUGACAUACUAUCGGAGUUAAAUGCCGCAAAAGAGGACAUUGUGGCUCAAGCAAAAAGAGAAGACAGAGAUGUCAAGACAAAUGGUGAUGAAGUGAACUAUUCGAAACGGAAAGAAAUGCUAUUAGAUAUGAUGAUUGAACAUUACGACAACACACUUAGUACCAUCACAACCUCGCCAUUGCAGGACGGUAUUCACGCUAGGGUAGAUGAUAUUUACAUGCCACCAAAAUUACAGUUGAUGGAAAAAGUCAAGGGGGCCUUCAAGAAAACUGAUACAACGAUUACGAAAUACAGCAACGUUCUUUUAAAGGAUGGUAAAUACAACCGAAAAAUGUUCAUACAAGGCGAGGCAGGGUCUGGCAAAUCCACGUUUCUCGCCAUAUUAGUUAGAGACUGGUGUUGUAUAACUAGUAAAGCAUCAGGUAAACAGUUCCAGACGGACGAAACUUACACUGCCGAUGCUAAUGCACGAUUGAGACCCUCUCAUGUCUUUGAAGAUUUAGAGACCCUGAAAGUGUACACGUUCGUUUUCCAUGUCACUCUAAGGGAUUCAGUCAACGAGUUAAACAUUUUAGAGAUGCUUAAAAAACAAAUAAUUGACUCAAUUUACGGCGAUAAGGAUAUACGCAAAAAUGCAUACCGACUACUGAAUGAGAUCAUGGAACGUGAACGCUGCUUGGUAUUACUGGAUGGUCUAGAUGAGUGGACCUGCAACAAAGGUAAAAGCCUACCGAUAUUGGCUGUAUCUCACAGUCACUGUGAUGUGUUGAUUACAACUCGACCUUGGAAAUUGACAGAAGCGAUGAUACCUGACGCGAAGAUUGACAUACUGCUUCAACUGGAAGGGGUUAACGAGCCUUUUGAGGUGAGCAGAAGACUGCUGGGCUGUAUGGAUGAUUGUAAAGAUAACAUGAUGUUGGACAAAAAACAAUCAGAAUUUAAGUCAUUCAUAAUGAAAAAUCACUUGGAAAAGUUUCUGAUUUCACCAAUGCUAUUGCAAUUGAUAGUGCGCUCAUGGUUUGAAGGGACUGAAAUGAACAGCUGCAUGUGUGAAAUAUACAGUCUCUUCCUGGAAAGUCUUCUUAAGAAGGCAAACAAGAAAAAAAUAAAAUUUAAAUCGCCACCCGUCCAAUGCUUCAAAGACACUGAACACAUACGGCCAAAUAUUGAAAACGUGGAUCGUCUUGCUAAAGCGGCAUUCCAUUUGCUGUUUUCAAAUACAAGAGAAAGUUCACUAGUGUUUAGCGAUACAGAUUUGGAGGAAUUUGGAUUAGAUGAAGAAGAACGAAAGUUUGCAUUCGAAUCCGGUAUUUUAUCGGCAACUCGAAAGCCGUCUACAAAGCGAUCAUCUUCUUCAUUUUCCUUCAUCCACAAGAGCAUACAGGAAUUCCUCACUGCUUAUUAUAUCGCCUGCAAUACCCAUCUGAUUGAUGACAUCAUUUCCGGUUAUCUCAACCGUUACAAGGAUGCAUAUAUGGAUAUUUCACAGGUGUUUAUAUUCCUUUGUGGACUGGAAAUAUCAUCUGCUAAUAAACUAUCCAGCAUGAUGAAUGAACGCAAUGUUGAUUCGUUUAGCAUGAAGAAUGAACGCGAUUGGUAUCAGUCUAAUUGUAAGUUUUCAAGCAUCAUACUAUCAGGAUACAGAGAAAGUGUAGCGAAUAAACAUUAUGACAGUAACCUCAGACUCAGUCACUUUGAUUUCACCAUACCGGUCACCGAAAUAGGAGACGUCCACAACAUCUGGCUAAAAAACAUGUCAAAUAUUCUGUCAUUGGAUCUAACGAUAGAGCGUGAUGAUGAUGAUGACGAUGAUGAUGAUGAUGAUGAUGAUGAUGAUGAUGAUGAUGAUGAUGAUGAUGAUGAUGAUGAUGAUGAUGAUGAUGAUGAUGAUGAUGUAGAGAGUCAGAGUUCCUAUGAACGAGGCGAGUCUGCAUCCCAUUAUGAGUUUGACUUGUCAUCGUGUAGCAAGCUGGAAACGUUAAAACUACGGGGCAAAAACAUGUGGCUAAAAGAGUCGGCUUGUUCGUCCAAAUCAAAACAUCCGGUCUGGAUUGUUCUAAACAGUCUAGACCCUCUACCAGCACUACCCUGCAUAGAACGGAUUGUAUUGGACAUAGUUACAAUUUCCUCUCGAGGUCUACGCAGUCUGCUCAGCUCUUUGCUGACACUCGAUCAUGAGGUUACGUGUGAGCUGCACCAGUGUAGCAUAGCAUCAAGUGUACAGGGAUCAAAUACAAAUACAGUAGUUAAAAUUAUUGUUAUAAACAAUACAUUAGAAAUGGUGGUCUGGAAAGGCAGUCGCGGUCUGUGGGAGGCGCUCCAUAGUCUCAAUACAAAAAGUCUCAGUCUUAUUUUUGGGUUAAUAAAUUGGUGGUUGUGGGUAUCGUGGGCACCGUGGGCAACGCCUACAUUAGAAAUGGAGGAAACUGGAAACAGUCUGUGGGAGGCGCUCCAUAGUCUCAAUAUAAAUAGUCUCAGUUUGGGUGGUGAGUUAACAUUAGCAUGGGAGAAACGUGGUGAGCUGUUGUCCAAGUCACUAUCAUCGCUUACACAACUGGAAACGCUUACAAUUCAUUUGCGUACAUAUUUCGUCAUUCAGCCACCUCAAUCAUUGAAGAAUUUAAUUAUUUACUGUCACACAUUGCUUCCAUCUCAAUUACGUGAACUUAUCGACACACUGCGCGCAUGUACUCAGACGAUUGAGAGUAGGCUUGAAUUCGGCUGUGCGAGGUCAACUUAUGCCGAUGAUGAUUAUUAUGAGGAACGCAUACAGCAAAUCGCACCGGAGGAGUACAUUCCCAUAGUACAGGAACUGGAGACGCUGGAGAAUGUUGCAGUGAAUCGAUUCCGAAUAUUAGACCGAAUACGUGAAAACCGAGAAUUUGAAGAAAAUACGGAUGUUUCUUGCUGGUCUGUUCGUAGCAAUGGUGAUAUCGAUGACGAUAAACAAAACGGUGAUAACUUUAAAGAUAAGCAGCUAUAUACAGAGUUCCUUGAAUGGCUGCAUGAUGACGUCAUACAUCGAAUAUCAAUGCGACUUCUGAUUACUCCAGCCUCGACAUCAGGAGUAAGCAAUCAAUACGGUUGCAACACAUGAUUUAACUAUUAACAGUUGUGUGUUAAUGUCUGGAAAGGUUUGUGAAAUAAUAAUAUCUCCCACUUGGAAAGCAUACAUAGAUCGUUAUAUUUCUAUAGAAUUUUCUUUUUUUGUCAAUGUUAUUGUAAACAGAUUUUAUUGAAUACAUCUCGUUUUACAAUGUUUAACAUCUUUGCAACAACUAUUUAAUGUAUGCAUUGUUUAAGUUCACGUUUAACCCAUUUAUGCCUAACGUCUAGAAAAAAAGGCCAUGGCAAAAUGCGUAGACACAGAUGACACACCGCAUGAUGCGGCGUCUCAUCAGGGUCUGC